AUGGAGCAAACAGUUUUGGUUUGUGGACUAUUGAUGCUGGUGAUUGUGGGUGUAAGCGCUAAUAUAGAUGGCAGCUAUAGCACUGAAACAGCAAUAAAGUGCGAAAACGGCUGGGUGCCGUUUCAGAAGAACUGCUAUUAUUAUUCUCGCAACAGUAAAACAACAUUCAAAGACGCCGUGUUGAAUUGUAUCAAUCUUGGAGGCAGUCUUGUGGAAAUACGCAGCAAAUGGGAAGAGGAAUGGAUAGCCUUGCACAUUCGUGUCAGAGAAUAUGACGAAGGUGUAUGGCUAGGAUUUAAUGAUCUCCAGAACGAAGGGCAGUUCAUUGCAAUGUCUGACGCAAAAGAGCCUCUUUAUACAAACUGGGGAAGUACGGAACCUAACAACGGUUUACAUAAAGACGAACACUGCGUUAUGUACUGGCCAAAAUAUAAGUGUUGGAACGACUCUAACUGCACAAUGAAAGGUCAACUUCUGUGUAAACUAUGUGCAAAAUAUAAAGCCAACCUUAACCACGAGUUUGAUAAUAUUCAAAUUAUCAGACAUUGGCUAAUAUUAAUGCAGGAGUAA